AUGUGCAUGGCACAUGAACUUCUGACGUUAUGUAACAGGCAGAACUUUGACAAUCGGCAACGCCUAUGCACAAGACCGUUCACUGGAGCUCUCAGAGUCCUGACAGGCUCUCCUUCCCUAUCCUGUGAAGACUCCUUCCUUCCAACCUCGAGUCUUCAAUAUGUCAAUUCUCAGCUGGUAGCUCACGGAUUCACCACAUCUUCGGGACUCUCUCUCGAUGGCCUGUCUAAAGGAGAAAUAGACAGGGCUGUGAAAUGUUUUCUGGACUUGCUGGCUCAAAGGGUGAAAGAUAUGUCGAGGACAGAGCACCUGUCAGCUGAACUACGAACUCUUCGCUAUGACCACGAACAAAUGGUAUCAAUGCAUCGCACAGCCACAGAGUCUGCGGCAAAUUUCGAGCGUGAAGUGCACUUACAGAAAUCUCGUCUUGCGACUACGAGAAAGACGUUGCAGGCGACUGAAGCUGCACACAAACAUACUAACGCAGAAUUGCAGUGGACACGCUCUGCCCUGCAGACCAUUCGAGCUACCCACCAAGCCAAAACAAAGAAGAAGGAAAAGGAGAUUGAACGUGCUAUGGAGAGGUGGCACAGGAUCUCUGACGCUCAGGCAAAACUUGGCGCUACCGCUAGUGGAAAGCACUUUAUCGGAAGUGUUAAAACCGCCGUUGAACCAGUAGUUCCGAUUGUCGGGAGAGGAAAGAGAUACCUGGAAAUUACGCUAGAGGAGGCUGAGAAGGCACGCGAGCAGUUAGGCAAGGAUAAUCUCAGUUUGAAGAAGAUGCUCCUCAAGGCUGACAACGAAAUCAGAAAUAUUGCGUUUGAAUUGACGCCAAGUUUGCAAGAACCCACUAAUGAGAUAGAAAUUCCUGUACCUAUUACACUCCCCGAUCUAUUCCCUCUGUCGCCUCCAGACUUUACCACCAUGACGCUAUCAUCCUCGCUUGCGCGACUCCGAGACAGUCUCGGAGUGCUAUCCUCUUCCACAUCUUCGAUAUCAACUUCACCUUCCGUCUCCCCCGCACCGCAGCCUUUACCUUCUCCGUCUGAACUUGAACAGCUGCAUCAAGUCAUUGAGCAGCUGAGGAACGAACUCCAUGAUUCAACAGAGCAAGUAGCUUUACAGGCUGCGGAAAAUCGAUCGGCAGAUCAACCUUCAAGCACCAUGACAAUACUUGCUCGGGACGACAAACGCCAACAUUCAGCUGUCUCCGAAGCAGAGGAGCGAAAGAAGCUUCCUCAAAUGCCAACUCAGCCUGGAAUUGGGAAAGAAAGGCUCAGUAUUGAGAUUGGCAUGCAUCCCAAAGAGGAGAAACCUUCUGAGAAAGUCCGAAACAUGUUCGCAGAACUUCCUCUCACUCGAGAUGAUUCAGAUUCACGUUCGGAGAAAAUGAGUGCAUCCAACCAAAGGUCUUCCCCACGAACACCUCAUUCACCGUCCAAAAGGUUCCAAAUCAACAUCGGCAAAGCUACCAGAAGAACCACACGGGUUGGCUCUACGAGGAGACGAUCCUCGUCAUCCUCAUUUUCAUUUUCUCCAUCUCAAGGCAGCAAGGACGCAGAACCAGCUUUCGAAACAGAGGUCAUCCCCCGCCUACCACCCCCACUUUCCAUCGGCGCGUCUAUACCUCCUUUGAUGUCCACCAGCUCGAGCACAGAAUCCCUGCUCCCGACUGCAUUCGUGCUACCUCCACCAUCUCCUUGUGCAUCCUUGCCGCCUUCAAAGCCUGCUCUUCUAUUAUUGAUUCCACUCUACCGCUGCUUAUGCCGACAUUUCAAAUGACACAAGAACAAGAACCGUGUGAAAAUAACAGAUUUCUCUCAACCUUCAUUACAAUCUCAUGUGCCACCAUCUGCAACCCCAGCAGAUCCAGUGGAUUCCGUUCCACAGACACCCUUCGCCGGAGCUCAUCGAACAUUCCCUUACCCAGUCGCCAAGCCUCUUGCCAUGCAUAUGAUUCACGCAUAUUCACCUGUGAGACCCAGUCCACUAAGCCGCAUUCUCAUGCUAGGGAACUCUCCA